UAGUUUGACAGAAAACAAAUAAUUUCUGUAAUCAGUCUGGUUUUAUUUAGAAAGCAACUUUUUCUAUCUUCAAAAAAACAUAGUUGAUGAAUAUCAGUGUAAUUUGUGUGUUAUUGUAGAAUGUACAGUUACAGGUAGCCCUGGAUCCUUCCCUUCACAAUUUGCCUUCCCUUCUCUGGUUUUUAUUUUACUCAACAGGGCUCAGCCAAUGGCUAGCAACUCCUCUGACAGAGAAGAUGACAACUGCACAGAUGUUGACAUACUGAUGAAACGUUAUUAUCUCCCAGUUGCCUAUGCCAUGAUCUUCACCGUAGGGCUGGUGGGAAAUUUAACCUGCAUUACUGUGUACCUGACAAAGCUGCAUCCGUGGAAGAGCAGCAGCAUCAUCAUGGUCAAUCUGGCCCUGGCUGAUCUCCUCUACAUCCUCACCCUGCCCUUCCUGGUUUAUACCUAUAGCAACCAGGAUUCAUGAAUGCUUGGUGAUUUCAUGUGCCGCUUUGUGCGCUUCAGGUUUCAUUUUCAACUGUAUGGGAGCAUCCUCUUCCUGACAUGUCUUGCAGUUUUCCGCUACGUGGUGGUGAUGCACCCGUUGAGGGCAGCACAGGUGCAGCAGAAGAUGUGGGGUAUUGUCGCAUGCUCGGCUGUCUGGAUUAUAGCCGCUGCCAAAAUUACACCCAUGUUGACCAUGCUAUCCUUGGAGAAGAGGAGCAAUGUGACCUACUGCCUGGACUUUGCUAGCAUCCCAUGUGUCGAUGAUAUACGGUGGUAUUGCUGGCUGCUCACUGCACUUGGAUUCCUACUCCCUUUGAUGGUGGUAUUCAUGUGUUACAUUGGUAUAAUUAAACAUUUAGUAAAAAGGCCCCGCUCAACUGGCCCUUGUCGGGUGCGUGCACGGCGCAUGACUGUGGUGAUACUAGUGGUGUUUGUCAUUUGUUUCCUGCCAUAUAACAUCUUACGUGUACUGCGAAUAGAAACUCGAAAAUUUCAAGAGAUGUCAUGCAUGAUUUACCACAUUGUUCAUGCAGCAUAUAUUAUCUCCAGGCCUCUGGCUGGUAUCAACACAUUUUUUAACCUGGCUCUGUAC